AUGGAUGAUGAUUCUUUGGCAGAAGAUAUUACUACUGCGGCAUCGCAGAGCUCGGAUUCGGACGAGGAGGAAGCUGAUGAUGGAAUUUCUCUGGCGGCGAGCGAGCGGUCUUUGCUGCCUCACCACCCCGCACAUCCACAAACCCAACCGCCAUCAACAGCACUUGGUGAGGCUGUAGUGCCUCAGGCAGCUAUGGAAGAUCAACCUGGUGCUUCUCUUGCGCCGUCAACAACAACAACAGCAGAGUCUACACCCAAACCGUCGGAGUCGCGACUCAAACUGCUGGAUCUACCUCUUGACAUUCUCAAGGAGAUUCUAAAAGAGAUAACGUUGACGAACGACCUCACGGCCCUUGCCCUCACAUGCUCUGCGCUCCACACUCUGGCCAUCCCCGCUAUGUACUCACGUUUCGACAUCGUUUGGCCGGAACCUGGUCCGAGCUCUGAUCAACCCGUUGGCGUGGAUGCCCUGUCGUACGGGCUGGCUACAUUGGUAAUGGGAGAUCAUGCCUUUCGGGAACUGCCCGCAGCAAACAGUUUGUCCGAUCGCCACCACUGCCAGCACUGCGGAUGUGACCAGCGCGAGCACCAGACUGCCAGACAACCGCCCGCAAUAACUACAAGAUUUGGUAGCAUCAGAUUUGGCAACUAUUAUGCGCGGUGGACCAAGAAGUUUUCAGUCGGAAAUGGGCCGUCGGAGUGGGUGCAUGAAUACGCCAUCACGAAGGAGACUGGGAAGAUGCUGGGCACGCUCGUUGCAUUGGCCGUUGCAAGGAUGGUUAACUUGGAGAGUUUUGUGUGGGAUAUGCCCACGGGUGUCAUGCGAGACGUUUUCCUGGCUCUUGCGUCCCUGGGUACGAGAGCAAACCACGAGUGUCGUCUGGAAAAAGUUUGGAUUCGGUGGCACGAUAAUUCGGAAAACAACAACAUACGCAAUUUACUCAAUCUGCCAGAUAAUGCAGAGUCCAACCCAUUUCAGUCUUUGAUGCACCGCUAUGGUCAUAUCGAGUACCCGUCGUUUUCGGUUUUGCCGCCCUUGAAGUCGUUGACGGUGCUGAAAAUCGACGAACCGGCGUAUCUUGAAGAGAUGGCUGUACUGAUCGACCGAUCACGAUCUAGAUUGUCAGAGUUGCGUAUCGGCAUGUCUAUACGCUGUAGCUUACAUGACUGGGUCUAUCCGAUAGACAUGCGACCUGUACUGGUGAAUCCAAAUCCGCGACGCGCCAUCCCGGGCUGGCCAAAACAUGGAGGCGUAAUGUCAAUUCUUCUGAAGGAUUUUCAAGUGCAAGACCCGCCGUCUCCGGGAGCAUCUGGCGACGAGACAAAGGAUAAUAAAGACUCGGCCAAUGUCUCUACUGCACCCACCGUGGUAGCUUCGCCUGAUUCGAACGACGACAUCGUGCAUGCCGCGCAGGGGCUUUGUGAUAUGACUAUCGACGAUAGGCAGGAUGACCCUAAAGAUACACAAGAUGCGAACGAUACUUCUAGAGACAAUCGGAAUCUUCCAGGCCCGGAAGCUGGCAAGCAACCCAAGGCAAAAAAACCCAAAAAGAUCCUUCUUGAGACCUUGGAACUUGAAAACGUUGUUCUUUCAGCAGGAGUUAUGAUCAAGGCACUGGACUGGACUCGCUUGACAACGUUGACCCUCCUUCACUGUGAAGAGCAUGACUCUUUGUGGAGAGCUCUUCGCAGGGUAUAUUCGCCCCCAAGCAACCCAAAACCUUCAGAUUCACAAGAGACGAUGCCGCCGAAGAACUACCCCCUUAAACUCAAGCAUCUGCACACUGAUCGGAUUUCUCCUUAUUUGAUGCUCUUUUUAAAAGAUACUGUUUCGCCAAAUUCAUUGGAGAGCCUUUAUUUCCAAGAGGGCAACUCAUAUGAUUCUAUUGUGUCGAUUGAAGCUAUUUACAAGCACGUGCUUCGUCGUCAAAGGUCUAGUCUGAAAAAGGUUUUGAUUGAUCGUUCUCGCCGCUCUGAAAGUUUAUCUUCAAGCCAUGGACAUUGGCGGCAGUGGAUGCUCCCAAGGGAGGCCCUGUCGUUUGUGACGAGUGGUCGGAUGCCGCAACUGCGAGAGUUGGGCAUCGGGAUGGAUCGUCGAGAUUGGCACUUUUUUCUGCAGCGACUUCCCAACAUACCCCAUUUGCGUGCUCUCUACUUGCCCAAUAUGUACGAUCCAUCGUUGAAAAAAGACAAGCAGCGGGAACUCGCUCUGCAAAUCCUAGACAUAGUCGCGCUGCGGCCUGAGAUUCAACUAUGCUACGUUGGCAUCGAGACGAAAUGUUUCGAGAUUCUCGAAACGGCCACAAAGGACAAAAAGCCAGACGACGAAUCUUCUUAUCUUGACGCCCAAUGGUCCGCAGGCUCAGAAGCAGACAGCGAAGGAGAAGACCAAGCGAAUAUGCAAGGAUUCGACAACGAGACCGACGAGGACGACGAUACCUCGAGCUUGAGCUCGCCGGACGAAGAAGACGACGGGUAUUCGGAAGAAGACGAGGCGAACGGCGUCGGAAACGCCGAAUUGUUUUUCAAGCUGCGGGAGAUUCUGUACUACGAUGACAAGAUAUCGAUCUUCAAGGCUCGACACUGCUGUUUGUGA